AUGUUAGCAUACGGUACAUCUGUCGAUGCAGUUGACGAGUAUCUUAAAAUUGCGUCAAGUACUGCAAGAGAAGGUCUUGCUCACUUUGUUGAAGGGGUCGUAGCUCAAUUUGGACCAGAGUACUUGAGGAGAGCGAGUACUAUGGAUACUGAACGACUCCUCCGUGAAAGUUAUGUUCGUGGAUUUCCUGGUAUGAUGGGCAGCAUUGAUUGCAUGCAUUGGGGGUGGAAAAAUUGUCCGCGUGCAUGGAAAGGAAUGUAUCAAGGUAGAAGUAAAACAGCAACGGUGAUUUUGGAGGCUGUUGCUUCGCAAGACUUGUGGAUAUGGCAUGCUUUUUUUGGCACCCCAGGAUCUUGUAAUGAUAUAAAUGUCCUCCAACGGUCGCCGGUGUUCUCUGAUAUAUGUAAGGGAAAAGCUCCAGAGGUUACCUUCAAUGUCAACGGAAAUACAUACAAUAUGGGUUAUUAUCUUACAGACGGUAUCUAUCCGAAAUGGGCAACAUUUAUCCUAGCAAUCAAACAUCCACAAACUGGUAAGCACAAAUUAUUUACCAAGAAGCAAGAGAGUGUUAUCGAAAGGACGUUGUUGAACGUGCCUUUGGAGUGUUACAAGCUCGAUUUGCAAUAA